GGAGGGGCCUCCAGAAGGUACCUGGAGGGGAACCAGGGUGUGCUGCCAGAGACAGAGAGCACCACCCUUUGAAAUGCAAAACCCAGGAGCAGCAGGCCCCCAAAAUGUGCUCCCCAGACUCCUAGGAUUACCCAGUGGACUGUGGGAAGGGCCCUUUAUCCUGACCCCUCCCUGUGGACCAGAGCGGAGUUGCUGAUGGGCUGGGGGUAGACAGGGGGGCAGGUGCCCAACUCAGGGUCUGGGUACCUUUUAAGUCUUCCCUUGGGGAACAAAAGAAGUUCCAGUGUGUUUAAGGCCAUUUUGUAAGCCACAGUCCACAGGUUGAGGGAUGGCAGAUCCCCACAGGGUCCUGGACGGGAGGGGAGCUACUACCCCUAAGGGCUGGCACACAGGUUCCUGAGCUCCUUCUGGAGCCUGGAGACACCCUGCAGCUGAGCAUGCUGGGAUUGCCAUGGUUACAGAGACCCUUCUGGCCCCUCCCCUCACACCCCUUCCUGUUCCUGCCCCAACUCCUCUUCCUGUCUUCAGUGCAGGCUCACUGAGAGCACAGCCCCCAGGACAGCGUGCUCACAAUAGACUCUUGUCGAAAGAAUGAAUGAUGGAAUGAAUGAGUGAUGAGUGGGAAGAUGUGGGCCCUUGAGGACCAGUGAAGACAAUUCAUGUACAGGAGAGAGACAGACAGACAGACAGACAGACAGAGGAUGAGGGCAAGAACUACCUGACUUUCGUGGUGGUCACACCUGACUUUGCCGUGGUCGACACAGAGAAUCAGAGCUACCAAGGCCGCCUGGUGGUGGUGGAACUCUACGGCAGGGCCCGCUCCGUCGGGGACGCGGGACAGGAGGCAUACAAGGAGCAUGCGGCCCGCCGAGGCAUCCCGAAGGGCAACACCUUUGACCUGUCUGUGUACCGUAAGCACCCCUUCAGAAGCCCUCCCUUCCUCUCUGAGUGUGUGAACUGGAAUGGGUCACCACCCACUAGCUGCCUUCCUGGAAACCUCACCUGCAGAUAGUGUGCUGAGACGUGCCCCUGUGGUAACCUGGGUUUCUCUUUGAUUCCUAGCGAGGUGUGACUCCUCAGAGCCCUAGGCUCCCUCCCAGGACAGACCCGCGACGUGGUUAAACCAAGCCAACCACUGGCUCCAUGCCCAAGGCCGACCUGCAUUCCCAGCACCCUCUGAACACAGGUUGGUGAAGGAGGAGGCUGGGCCACUCCUGUGGGAAUCCUUCCGGAAGGUCUAGGGCGAGGACGCUUACAAAGCAGGGGCCCUGGGAGAUGCUCCUUCUCAGCCAUGGACACUUGGCCCUGGAGACAUGGCCACUUCUGCUGCUGACCCUCGCCCUGAGCCUGGCCAGCACCCAGAAGACUCUAGAAGAAAUACCGGUCCAUAGAGACUUUGAUGCCCAGAAGGUGGAGGGGCGCUGGCCGACCCUCCAGCUUGCCGCCACCAAUCCUGUCCUGGUCUCUCCAGAUGACCUCCUGAGGCUCUCUCUCCAUUCCACCUGGACCACGGGUGGUGGGGGCCUGGAGCCCAUGCUUUUCUGGAUGGGAGAGGAGGCAUGUCACUGCCUGAAUGUCACUGUCCACGCUACUGGGCUGCAGGGCCAGUAUCAAGGCUCCUGGGGGUGGCAGUGGGGGGAGCAAGUUGCAUCCCUGAGGGUGCAGCUGGGGGAAAGGCCUCACACAGGAUCUCCCCCAUUUGAGGCUGGCGGCAGUGUGCUGGUUCGUGUCGUUGGGACCGAUUACCAAAGCCUGAUUCUCUACACAGGAGUCCAGCAGGGCGCCGAGACCAACAGCCUGCGGGUGCUGCUUGUUAGGUACCUGCUCGACCCCAGCUUGCCCCAGAGGGAGGGAGGCCGAUGGGCACUGCGAGUCACCUCGAACUCACUGGCUUGGCCUGCUCAGAGCUGCCCUGAGCCUAGAGCCAGCAAGCUGAAGGAUGAACACAAGGAAAGUCCUACUGCCUUUCAGGAAGUGGAAGUGGAAAUGCCUGGGGAUAAGACCCCUAGCAGAGUGGCCGUGCCAGGGCCUCUGCCAGCUUCACCCCACGUCACUGCUGAGGAGGAGGACAUGUCUCAGAAGAGAGAGCCCCCAGGCUCUCAGCUUCUCACCACCAGCCCUCUGGUUUCAGCAAGAACAGUGUCUGAGGACCCCAAGUGGCUGCGACAGUACCUUGAGUAUGUCAGGCAAUUCUCUCAGAAAGCCCCAGUCUUUAACGUGGAUGUAAGCCCUGUCCUCUGGCCCCUUCCCCUCUGGCCCAGCUGAGGAAGGGGUGUGACUCUGCUGUAGGGUACAGGUGUAGCCACACUGUGGGGUGGAGUGUAGGCAUGGCCAUGCUGUUAGUGUGGUCACACUGUGAGGUACGGGGGGGAGUGGCCGUGCUGAGGCGAUGGGGUAGGAGUGGGGGUGGAGGCAUGGCCGUGCGGUGGGGGGUCCCCAGGGUGGGCUCACUGGACCCACACGCUUUGUGCAAAGCACAGUAUCUGGAAGCGGGAAGAUCAGGGCACCCACGGUGGGAGGCCCUGGUGUGGGGGACGCAGGGAGGCUCAUGUGCUUGGAGCAGAGGAAAUUGGACAGGGAGGGCGGGGUCGCGUUAUGUGUGGGUCUGGCAGGCCAUUGCGAGGACGGGGGCUGUUCCUGGACACUGACUGGGAUGGGGUGGAAGUGGAGUGAUAUGGCAGAAGGGAAGACGAGGGACAGUUUGCUUUGUUUUGCUUGGCUGUUUGAUCUUGAUCACUUGUUGGGAGAACAAAUGGACAAAGACAUUGGAGUCAAUCUGUUUUUCUUCCCCUCCGUAGCCCAGAGCCCCCUACCAGAAGCCCAGGUCACUCCCUGAGUCUCAGGCCUGGGCCCCUCUUUUCUCUGAGCUAUCCUCAGCCUCCCUUCUGCUGUGGAGCCAGCCCAGGGCCCUUCAAAACUCUCCUCCCAGGCCCAGAGGAAGCCCCUGCAUCUGGGAGCCCGACCCCUGGCUCUUCUAGCCCUAGGAGGGCCUCCUUCUCCGUGUGGACUUUGUCAGCCAGCAACAAAGAGCUCGCAGCUACUCCCAGCUGCAGGGGUGGUGAGGAGGAGCCACACCAGCCCACCCGCUCCCCAGAUGCAUCGCCUUUCUUCAAACACCUCUGCAGUGGACAGUCAGAAUCCCAGCAUGUGCCACCAUCGUGCAGACUGAAGACACCACACCACAGGGUAACAGAAACCUGGGCUCUACCAGAGGCUUCUGCUGACCUGCCUACAGCCAAGGAAGAUCCAGGAAGAUGGUUAUCACCUCCCUGAGCAAACGCAGCCAUUCCCACCGAGUUCUGUGAAUAACAUCACCGUAGCUCUAGGUCAUAGUCCCUGACAAGAGCCAGGCCUGCAGUUGGGCUGCACAGCCAGGUGAACACAGACCCUGUGCUCUGUAUGGCAGGUGAGCUGAGAAAAGGUCAACACCUCCACAAGGGUGGGUGCCUGGACAGACAGGAGCCAGGCCACCCACAGACAGGGCAGGCUCUUAGGAAAUUGGGUCACGGACCUCAAUACUCAGUUGGGAAAUGCUGGAGACAGGUAUGGCCAGGUGCCUUCUCAGAAAACACUCAGCAGAGAUUCCAGACACAGCCACGCUUCUGCAAUGUGAUUUCAUGGUGGUCCCCCAAGGCCACCACUGUGACAUAAAGAGCAACGACAAACCAAAUGGCCAAUUGUGUGGGAUUUUACCUACGAAUACGUCAAAGUUGGCGAACCUGAUUACAAAACAAAUACACGAAAUACAAUAAUUUCCCUGUAACCUAGCAGACUCAAUUAGAAAAAUAUAUUGGAAAAAAUUAUAAUCACAAAGCAUGUAUUCAUACGUUUAACAAGAAAUCCUUCCGUUUUCAAGCUCCUUAAUGUUUCUCUGUCCUCUUCAUUCUCCGGUGGAGUCCACUCAUUGAGGUUUUUGGUUUUGUUUUGUUUUUUAAUUUCUAUGAUUAGAACUGAAAAUAGUUCUAAAAUUUCCGUUUUAUUGUUAUUUAAAUCUUACAUUACCUUGCCGAGACUUUCUAUUUCUUUGCUGAAACUUUCCAUUUUUCCAUUUGUUUCUAAUGUGCUUGUAAUCAGUUGUUGUUGUUGUCGUUGGAUGCUGAGUCGAUUCUGACUCUUCGGGCUCCCAGGGACCCCACGUGACAGAGCAGAACUGCCCCACAGGGCUUCCUAGCCUGCGUUCUCUGCAGGAAGAGAUCUCCAGGCCUUUCUCUCACGGAGCCACUGGGUGAGUUCCAACCGCCACCCUUUGGUCAGCAGCUGAGCGAUUAACUGUUGCAUCACCAGGGCUCCUUUUGUAAUUUCGUACUGAAACAUUUGUUAUGAGUGCUGCCUUGAAAUCUUUGCCAGAUAACCCCUAUGUCUGGGGCAUCUCGGUGUGGAUGUCUAUUGGUUGUCUUUUCUCCUUCAAGUUGAAAUUAUCCUGUUGUUGGCGUAACGGUGAUUUUUUAUUGUAUCUUGGAUAUUUCAGGUGUCAUGUGAUGAGACUGUCUUAUUUAAAUCUUCAGUUUUAGCAGGCCUUUUCCGACACUAUGCAGGUCAGGGAGGGGGUACCAUCUCAUUACUACCAGGUUGGGGUGUGAGUCUAGGGUCCCUGAGUGGGGAAAACGGUUAAGGACUAGGCUAGUACUAGGCUACAGUUUGAGUUUACCCAGCAGCACCAAAGAAGAAAUGCCUGGCAAUCUAGCUCCAUAAGAUUACAGCCUUUGAAAACCCUAUGGAGCACAGCGCUGCUCCGCACACAUGGGGUUGCUGUGAGUCAGAAUCAACUCGAUGAAACUAGUUCGGUUUUUUGGAUUACCUUCUAGUCUAUGAACUGAUUGUGAAUGUUCUUUACAAUUUUAGUAUUUUUUUUUCUUUAUUAACUUUUAUUGAGCUUCAAGUGAACGUUUACAAAUCAAGUCAAACUGUCACAUACAAGUUUAUAUACACCUUACUCCGUACUCCCACUUGCUCUCCCCUUAAUGAGUCAGCCCUUCCAGUCUCCCAUGACAAUUUUGCCAGCUUCCAACUCUCUCUAUCCUCCCAUCCCCCCUCCAGACAGGAGAUGCCAACACAGUCUCAAGUGUCCACCUGAUACAAGUAGCUCACUCUUCAUCAGCAUCUCUCUCCUACCCACUGUCCAGUCCCUUCCAUGUCUGAUGAGUUGUCUUCGGGAAUGGUUCCUGUCCUGUGCCAACAGAAGGUUUGGGGACCAUGACCACUUGGAUUCCUCUAGUCUCAGUGAGACCAUUAAGUAUGGUCUUUUUAUGAGAAUUUGGGGUCUGCAUCCCACUAAUCUCCUGCUCCCUCAGGAGUUCUCUGUUGUGCUCCCUGUCAGGGCAGUCAUCGGUUGUGGCUGGGCACCAACUAGUUCUUCUGGUCUCAGGAUGAUGUAAGUCACUGGUUCAUGUGGCCCUUUCUGUCUCUUGGGCUCUUAGUUAUCGUGUGACCUUGGUGUUCUUCAUUCUCCUUUGAUCCAGGUGGGUUGAGACCAACUGAUGCAUCUUAGAUGGCCACUUGUUAGCAUUUAAGACCCCAGACGCCACAUUUCAAAAUGGGAUGCAGAAUGUUUUCAUAAUAGAAUUAUUUUGCCAAUUGACUUAGAAGUCCCCUUAAGCCACAGUUCCCAAACCCCCGCCCUUGCUCCACUGACCUUCGAAGCACUCAGUUUAUCCCAGCAACUUCUUUGCUUUUGGUCCAGUCCAGUUGAGCUGACCUUCCGUGUAUUGAGUAUUGUCCUUCCCUUCACCUAAAGUAGUUCUUAUCUACUAACUAAUCAGUAAAUAACC